AUGGACUGGGGUUCGGCGUUGUUGCGUGCCCCUGCUGGUGAUGGCAUUGUCGCUGGCUACAGCAGGUUGUUGCGUCUUUUGGCUGGGCUCAACAACGGGCCAGGUUUUGGUUUCCUUGCAGGGCACAUUGGAGCGACGGUUGACCCGGAUCGUGUUCGGGAAUUGUCCGGUGAUCCAUUGAUGGUGCUUUUUCGAAGACGCUUGAGAGAAGCUGGAGACGCAGAUCGUGACAUCUUGCGCUUUCUGGUGAUGUCGGAUGAGCAGCCGGAUCGUCGGAUUGACAGGUCGGUCUUGGAUGCGUUGUGGAAACGUGAUCCUGCGGUGGAGCCAAUUCAGAACUUGGCUGAUGUUUUGAGGGCCGAACGCACGGUCUCCGAGAUUUGGAUAGACGGAUUGGAGAUGCCGACCCUUCCUAAGGGAGAGGUAUCCUCUGAAGGUGGCGUCCCCCUCUCUACGACUCAGUUGAGAGAUUUGUUGUUUGGUCCCAAAUCAGGUCGGUCUUCAACACGGAGCAAAGGUCGGUGGGGGGAAGCCGGUGUUCCCCUGAAUCCUGAUGGCAUACCGCUUUGGUGUGCUGAUUUGGUGCCACCUAAGGCUGAGUUGAUGAAAGCCGCGAAUGACCUUACGUGGGUUCCUCUGGCCGUGUUGUAUGGUGAUGUGCAAGCCAUGCCCUCUUGGAUCUGUGCCAUCGCUCAUGUGAGCAAAUUGAAACAGCUGGUCAACGCAUCCGUUUCACUGCCUGCCUGCCCUGAAAUUUUUGUUCCGUCACCGAGCAUGGUCGCAAAUUGUGUGGUGAAGACAGAGGUUCCGGUCGUCGGAGGGUGGACCUUGUACUACGAGUCCAAAGAGGCUCAGAUCACUUGGCCCACAGUGGCCUCAAGUGACACGCCAUGGCGCUUCUUUCGGUCUUUGGCGCUGCCGGAGAUCGUGGAGUACGACUACAAGGCCCAACAAAAGGAGUCAGAGGUCGGUAUCGAAGAAGGCUAUGAGGCUGUGGCUGAUCACUCCAAGAAGAAAAAGAGGAAGAAAAGAGGCAAGGCUGAUGCCCCUGAGGACCCAGAGUACAAGCCCGAGGACUCAGACUACAAGAGACAGCGUGCGCAAGCCGAGACAAAAGAUUCAGAAGUUGCACAGCCCGUGCACGGCCCCAACGUGGUGCACCUGGCGGCCAAGUCCAAGGCGCGCCCCAAGGCCACGGCUGAGGCAGCGGCUGAUGGCACGGAGGCCAGCUCGAAUCAUGGGCACAGAGCCAAGCAGAUGCCGCGAUCUCCAAGUCGCUCACCUGACCCUCGCCAAAGGGAGGAGAUUCGCAGAAGGGCUGUUGGGGGAGCCUCGUGA